AUGCUGUCGAGUAGCUGUAUACCAGAGCAUUCGGUGGAAGUUGUCGAAAUGCCCCCCCUACACGCCAAACAGAGCUCUUCGAGCUCCUCCAACAAGACACCGUCGGCAUCAUCAGAAAAUGAGGAUAAUCACACGUUGAAUGGAGAUGAUGAGCAAUCUGAAGAAGAUCAGAAGAUCUACUCUCGAGAAUCCUCUUCCACACUGCCACGUGGAGGCGCCGGACCUACAGUAUCCCAAACUCUGGACCCUGUAGCUGUCCAGUUGACCCAUACCCGUCACUGGUUGCACGACGUCGAGCGAGAUGCAUCGAAUACUGUAGAUUUGGCUCAGUGGCAGCCGGCACGAGAGCUCUGGCAAAAUAUCCAAUCGAUAAUCGAUGAAAUCCGAUUGAGAAGUGUUCAGGUCACGGGAGCACACGAUGCCAGUCCGAAUAGGCAGGUUCGACAGCAGGCUGCUCAGUUGCUAACCGAAAUGCGUCGAACUAUCGAAAAUUGCGAAAAACGUUGUCUGAUCCUAAACCAAAUUUCCGACGUUUCCCGGCAAAAUGAAUCUUCAAGAAAUGAGAUGGAGUUAUGGUUGAAAUCUGCAAAUGACGUCAUCGGAGAGCGGCGAGUCGAAGAAUUGGCAGAAGACGUCGUUCGAGACGAGCUGAAGAUUCUGGAGAAGAUUGUCGGACAGUUGAAUGAGCGAAAGGACAAAAUGGAGGCCAUCAACACGCAGGCUCACAAAAUCGUCGAUACCUAUACCAAAGACGAAGCGCACAACUUGAGUCAUCUCCUGAGCAGGAUGAAUAUGAGCUGGACAAAGUUCAAUGAUAACAUUCGAAUCCGACGAGCCGUCCUGGAGGCGUCGUUGCGAUCCAGAAGGGACUUCCAUUCGGCACUUUCAGAGUUUGAAAUGUGGUUGGGACGACAGGAGGAAUAUUGCUCAAAGCUAGCACACGAUACAUCCAAUCAGCAAGCGAUCAAAGACACGACGAAACGAAAAAAUUGGACCCAAAGCUUUAAAACAUUGAAUGCCGAGUUGAAUGCUCAUGAGGAUGUGAUGAGGAGCGUGGAAAGUAUGGGGAAAAUGUUGGCUGAAAGUUUAGAGUCUGGAAAUGAGAAGGCGGAACUUUUGAAGCGAGUUGGAGACACGACAAGGAGAUGGGCGGCGAUAAGAAAGACCACUAAUGAUAUUGGAGAACGCUUGGAAAAAGCUGAACAAGAAUGGGAAAAGCUAUCCGAUGGUCUUGCGGAUCUCCUAUCGUGGGUUGAGGCGAAAAAACAGAAAGUUAUGGAUGAGCAACCGAUUGGAGGGAGCUUAUCAGCUGUGAUGCAACAAUCAGCAUUUGUUAAAGGACUACAGAGAGAAAUGGAGUCGAAAAAUGUAGUUUACAAGAUUACUGUAGCCGAUGCUCAUAGCUUUUUGAUGCAACACGAUUUGAGGCCGAAAUUGCAUAGUCCACAUGUCCUGGAUGAUGAUUAUGAGGAAGAAGAGCUCGCUGAUCUUGAACAACGUCGUCGGGGUCUUGAAAUCAAUGCCAACUGUGAAAAACUCAAAAAGAACUGGGCGGAGCUUGGAAUUGAAGUGGAAUCAUGGGAUAAGCUGGUGCAGCACGCGAUGCAACGUCUUCAGGAGCUCGAGAGGAAUCUGGCAGAGUGCCAACUUCAUCUGACGUCUUCUGAGAAUGAAAUUGAGACGAUGAAGGCAGUAGAAAAGAUUCAUUUGGAGGAUUUGAAGAUUGCCAGAGAGGAAACGGACCAAAUUUCGAAACGAAUCGAUGAAGUGAGGCUGUUUGUUGAUGAUGUGAACGAUGCGGCCGCGAGAUUGCUGGCCGAGGAUUUGAAGUUGGAUGAACACGCGAAAGGACAAAUCGAGCAUGUCAAUAAGAGAUAUUCCACAUUAAAACGUGCCAUUCGGAUCCGGCAAGCUGCCGUUCGAAAUGCCGCAUCAGAUUUUGGACCAACUUCCGAACACUUCCUCAACCAAUCGGUCAAUCUCCCAUGGCAACGGGCAAUUAGCAAAUCCAAUUUGCUACCGUACUACAUCGAACAAACCACAGAGAAGACCCAAUGGGAGCAUCCGGUAUGGGUGGAAAUCGUCAAAGAGCUCACACAAUUCAAUAGAGUCAAAUUCCUGGCCUACCGUACUGCUAUGAAACUGCGUGCCCUUCAAAAAAGACUCUGUUUGGACCUUGUGGACCUUCCACUUCUGGAAAAAGCCUUUGUUCGGCUGAAAGGGCUCUCAGCCGAGGAGUGUCCGGGUCUGGAGGGCAUGGUUUGUGCUUUGUUGCCAAUGUAUGAGGCUCUCCACGCAAAAUAUCCCAAUCAAGUGCAAAGUGUCUCCCUAGCCGUUGAUAUAUGCAUCAAUUUCCUGUUGAACCUUUUUGAUCAAUCCCGUGACGGUAUCAUGCGAGUGCUCUCCUUCAAAAUCGCCAUGAUCGUGUUCUCCAACAUUCCAUUAGAGGAAAAAUAUAGAUAUCUCUUCAAGCUAGUUUCCCAAGACGGUCAUGCUACACAAAAACAAAUCGCCCUGCUGCUUUAUGAUCUUAUUCACAUUCCUCGCCUUGUCGGCGAAUCCGCCGCGUUCGGAGGCACCAACGUCGAACCGUCAGUCCGUUCGUGCUUCGAAACCGUCCGUUUGGCUCCGACGAUUUCCGAAGGAGCAUUUAUUGAUUGGGUGAAAAAGGAACCCCAAUCCAUAGUCUGGUUAGCAGUUAUGCAUCGUCUUGUCAUCUCGGAGAACACGAAACAUGCGUCCAAAUGCAACGUGUGCAAGAUGUUUCCAAUCAUUGGAAUCCGUUAUCGCUGCCUGACUUGCUUCAAUUGUGACCUCUGUCAGAAUUGUUUCUUCAGUCAGCGAACAGCAAAAAGUCACAAAACGAUUCACCCAAUGCAGGAGUACUGUGAGAAGACCACAUCAUCUGAUGACGCAAGGGAUUUCGCAAAAAUGUUGAGGAACAAAUUGCGAGCGUCGAAACGACAGAAAGGAUAUCUUCCGAUUGAUGUUGCCGAAGAAGGAGUUCCCCUGACAAGUCCACCGGCAAAGGUCACCAAUCAGUCCACAGAGCAAAUGAACGCAGACACAGCUCAAAUGACCGCCCAUCUCGCCAAACUGUCCGCUGAGCACGGUGGUGUCGCGGAGCACAUGGAGCCCGUGCAGUCGCCAUUGCAAAUUAUCAAUCAGGUUGAACAACUCCAACGGGACGAAAUGGACCAAAUGCUCCAGCGACUUCAAAUCGAGAACAAACAGUUGCGAAAGGAGUUGGAGUGGAAGCGAGGCGCUGCGAGUACCAUGGAAAUUGAUAGAUCCUCAAAACGUCCCACGGAUCGUCGAAGCGAGAGCCGCGGGGGUACGCUGCCGCUGAGAAAUGGGCGGAGCGUAGUGUCCCUGAAAUCCACACAAAGUCAGAUAGAUGUGAUGGACGAAGCCAAAGCUCUACGCCUUCACAAACAACGCCUCGAGCAUCGUUCGAGGAUUCUGGAGCAACAAAAUGAGCAAUUAGAGAUGCAACUACAAAGGCUGAAAAAAGUUAUCGAUACGCAAAAAUCCGCUCCUCUCUCCACCAACUCCCUCCUUCGCGGUUCUACAGCCGCCGGCGCCUGGACCCCAGAGCGUGCUCUAUCAACCGCCCGUUCUGGCUCUCUGGGAACUAUCGAUCGUGACCGUGGCCUAGUAACCGCCUCGUCGGCCACGGCCACGGCGGUCGAGGAUUCCGACGAAGUGCCACGUGGCAGCAGUGUUGGCCAGAUGCAAAACUUGAUGAACGCUUGCGACGAUUUGGGAAGAGCUAUGGAGUCGUUGGUGGUCUCCGUUGUCUAUGAUUCUGAUGAGGAGAACGAUGAUUGA